AUGACGAAUCAUUCAUCCGACCGAGCCCUGGCGCCCCUUCUGCGCUCACCCUCUUCCUCGACCUUGGGCCCUCUUAGCUCGCGAAGCUCUAUCAGCGAUGCGUUCCCGAAUCCGAAGCUGCGGCGCAAGACUCUCGCCCUCCGCUCCGUUGCCUUCGUAUCCGCCAUCUUAGCUGCCCUCGGCGCCGGCUCCAUCACCGUCUUCUCCCUAUAUGGCCACCUCUUCCAGUCACGGCUGCACUACACCCAAUUCCAAAUCAACGGGAUCGCCAGUGCCAUGUCGAUAUCCAUGUACCUACCAGUCCCGGUCGUCGGAUACAUGUGCGAUCGCGUCGGGCCAGGGCCGCUGUCAUUCGUUUCCGCGCUACUACUCGGAGGUGGUUAUGGCUUGGCUGCGGGCCUAUACCAGAAGGGUGUAGAACAUUUCAGCGCCGGUGGGAAGGGAUACACGACGUUUCCACCUAUGGUCUUCGCCUUUGUGGCCAUUGGGGUUGGUACGUCGUGUCUGUAUCUGAGCGCAAUCACAACCUGCGCCAAGAAUUUUGGUAAGGGCAGAUAUCGCGGUCUGAUGCUUGUGGCACCGAUCGCUUCUUUCGGGUUGAGCGGUAUGGUUCUGAGUCAAGUCGGAAGCCGUAUCCUUUACGAGCGACAACCGGACGGGCGCAAGGGUGACGUGGAUGUGUUCCAUUUUUUCUUGUUUCUUUCUAUUCUGCUGGCCGUUGUCGGACUCCUCGGCACUUUCACUUUACGCAUUGUGGAUGAGCAGGACCUCAUUGAUGGAGCCGUGGAAGAGCUCGAACGUAGUGGGCUGCUAGAAGGUAGCGAGAUCUUUCGCCGCAGAUCCGAGCGCAACUACGGUACUGUCGGCCCGGCUGCUGAGGACGACGAGCACGCGGGUAUUCUUGACCCGGAAAGAGACGAUGAGACGGAUGAUGUGUAUGCCAGGCUAAAGAAGGCCUGGCUACUGAACGCCGAGACGCGAAGAUUCUUGAGUGAUCCUACGAUGUGGUAUUUCGCCAUCGGCUUCUGGCUCAUCAUCGGACCAGGCGAGGCAUUCAUCAAUAACCUCGGGACUGUUAUUGGCACCUUGUACUCGCCGGACACCAAGUCGAGUGCCACAUCGGCGGCAACUCACGUCUCUAUUAUGGCAACUGUCAGCACUGUUGCUCGCUUAGUGGCAGCGUCGCUAAGCGACUUCUUGUCGCCGAGUCCGCAAAGUCAGUACAUCCAGAUUGGUGCUCCGUCCCCCAUUCCGCUCCUGCGACAGAAACUCUCGGUUUCACGCGUUGCCCUGUUUAUCGCUGCCGCGCUCAUACUCUCAAUCGGAACACUGGUGUUGGCAACGGGAGCGUUACAGGCGCACGGAGGGCAAUUCUGGAUCGUGUCCGGCUCUAUCGGAGCUGGCUAUGGUGCAGUGUUCAGCCUCACUCCCAUCAUUGUUACCAUGAUCUGGGGAGUCGAGAACUUCGGCACGAAUUUCGGCAUACUUGCUCUCACACCAGCCAUCGGGUCUGUGAUGUGGGGUCUCAUCUACUCGGCUGUCUACCAAGCGGGUGCCAAUAACUCGCCGUCUCUGACAGAUGGGAUCGAGGAUGACGACGUCUUCUGCUAUGGCAAGCAGUGCUACUCUUCAACAUUCUGGGCCAUGACUGUUACCAUCUGGCUCGGAAUACUUAUGAUUCUCUGGGCCUGGAAAGGCCGGAAUGGCUGGUCGAAGAGAGGUAUCGUAAUUUAG